AUGGAGUUAACGACGUUGAUUGAUGUGGCUGCACGCCUACCCUGCCCGGCCCCGCCCCCGUGUACCUGUGCCUCCGAGGGUGAUAUCAUUGACUGUAGUGACAAGGGAUUGACAGACGUACCAGGAAUCUCUGAUGGCGGACAGCGACUUUGGACUGUAGAUAUUAGUCACAACCAGCUCACCACCAUCCCGAAACGAGCGUUCGAAAACAUAACUGUCGUGUCUCUCAAUAUGUCUCAUAACCAGAUGAGCACUUUGUCUAUGGAUUGUUUGGUUGGAUCAAAUGAUGUCGUCACUUCCGUUCACAUGGAAUCUAACCAGUUUUGGUACCUUCCAAACGCCAUAGAUGAUCUGACAAACCUGCAGACUCUCACAAUGCAAGAUAAUACUUUUAUUAUUCUGGGAACUAGCAUGUCGUUUGCGUCUACACUUCAAUACCUUACGAUAGGCUCCGAGAACAUGCCCUGGCCGAAGUACAUCGACCAGUUUAAUGCAGUAACUGACCUAACAGUGACAGGCCUGCCGUGCUCGUCUUUACCGUUCGACGCAUUCUUUAAUAUGGCGGACAAAAUGAAGACCCUCGUGCUGCAGAAUAAUGAAUGUGACGUCAUGCCGGAGAGUGUACAAGUACUGACUAACCUGGAACAUUUAUCAGUUAUUGGAAAUCACCAUCUGUCGUCACUGGAUACCCAUAACCUCACUUCACUUACCUCGUUACACGUAGAAAACAGCAGCCUAACAAUUAUGCCAAAUAUCUCACGAGGUCCUAAUUUACAGAGCCUCUACAUCACUUCUUCGCCAGUAAGAUCGUGGGAGCUGGACGCAUUACCAUACCACUCGAAACUGAGGAACAUCACACUUGAUCACACAGACUUCGAUCAUGUUCCAUCCGCUUCUUCAUCAAGCAUCAAUGGUGGAAAACCUGUCGAUGAGGAACACAAAUAUAUCUAA